AUGUCGCCUUCCCGUCAACUCCUCCCUCUCCUCAGCUCGUUAGGCAGCUCACGAUGGGCUCUCACCCGCACACUUCGUAGCGACAACCCACUUGACCUUAACGGUGAAUUGCGUGGCACAGCGACCUUCACCCCAAUACCCAACACGGCCGACCGCGACUGGGUGUACAGCGAAGAAGGCGAGAUCCCUUCUUCCGUUAGUGGAGGCGCUGCACAGGUCGGUCUGCGCUGGACGAAGAAAUAUAUCUGGCGGGAUGGUGAUGCGGGGCGCAUUAGUGUAUGGUUCGUCAAGAUAGCUCCGGGACCUGACGAGGCCGACUACCUCUUUCACAACUUUGAUUUCGCCGAUGCGACGAUCAAGCCUGAGGUUUCCAGUCAGGGAGAAGAGCAGGGUAAGGAAACUGAAGAGGGCAAGGCUGAAUUGAUUACUCCCCCAACACCCCCCGCGAUUACCACGACCGAUGCUGAGACGACCGUUCUCAUGGCCCGCGGGAAUCACCUCUGCAUCAAUGACAUGUAUCGGACAGCCUACGCGUUCCGGAUCCAGUCAGAAACGGGCGAAGUGUUGAGUUGGGCGAGUCGACAUGUCGUUCGGGGCCCGAAGAAGAACCAGGACAUUAUCAAUCGCUACGAGAGGGCGGCAUGA